AAUAACAAUGGUGAGGAGCAGCGCUCCCGGAUCGAGUAGCAAGCCUCGACUGCAAGAUUCUGGGCAGCAAACAGCAGGAUGUAAACCUACACCUGAGGAUGUCCGGGGAAAAAAGCUGUCCAAACUAAGCCUUUCUAAGGCUUUGGGAUGCCAGCAAAUGGUGAGUGCCAUCAUCCACAAGUGGAAAAACCUUGGAACAGUGGUGAAACUUUCCAGGAGUGACAACCCUACCGGAAUUACUCCAGGAGCACAACUACAACCCAACCAGGAGCUCAAAAAAGACCCCGGAACAACAUCUGUAGAACUGCAGGCCUCACUCGCCACAGUUAAGGUAUCAGAUAAAUACAGCAUGCACCCUGAAGCGAUGGCGAACCCGAGUGACCACGUGCCCACUAAGGAAGUAGCUGAAAGCCUUGCGAGUCCCUCUCCUGACAUGUACAAGAAAAACAUGGUUCCUCUGGAUGACGAAGAAGCUUCUUCUGGAGCUCCUUCUUUUUCCGUUGAUGGACACCUGGAAUCUACUAACCUUGUCCCUCCAUCCCUUGCUAGUGCAAAGCCAGACUACCCAAGAGAACCUGGCAGAAAAAGGCUGUAUCAUGCAGUAAUGGCCAGACCAUUAAGGAACAUUACAUUUUCCAUUCAUACCAAACCUCAGAGGAAAGAAAGGACCAGAGCGGGGAGGAAACAUGAUUUACUCAAGCGUACUCUUUUGCAGAGUCACAUGAGAAAAGUUCUAAGCUUAGAUAAGGAGAAGUUACAAGCCAUGUUCCCAACUAAAUCCCAAAAACUCAACUUGUUACUCUCAAUGGCCCUGAAUGGAGAGUGUGUGACAUGAAUGUAUAAAAUAUCUGUCAAAGAAUAUUAGAGAGUUCUAAGUAGAAGCUGAGUUAGAAGUUAGUAAGCAUCCAGUUUAAAGUGAUUUACACAUUUCUAAACUUUAUUAAGCUGGUGUCUCUCAUCUGGCUUUGCUGAAACAAACUGUACAACUGUACAACAUCAACAUAACAGUGGAAACUAAGGAGCUGAAUCGCUUGCUUUUUUAUGAUCAAUGUAACAAAUUCAUCCCCACUAUUGGCAUGCCGACAUGAUUUUUAAAAUGUCUGUCCCCUAACUGAUUAUAUUACAUAACAUAACUGAUAUUUAAAUUUACAUGUAUUAAUGAACCCUUUCGUUUUGUGCGUUUUGAGUGGAUGAUCUUUAUUUGUCAAUAAA